UCCAUCCAGUACUGUUUUAGAGGGCAAUCCAGUGAGUAUGAACUGCACCAGUAAUGGAUAUUCAGCAGUGCUUAACUACACCUGGUACAAAGACAGUGGAGGACAGCUUCAACUUCUUCAGACUGGACAUAAUCUCACCAUCAACGUAACUACUGCUGCACAAAGAGGCCGGUACUACUGUGUGGCUCAAAACAAAUUUGGACCACAAAAUUCAUCGAUUUUACUGGAUGUUCUGUUUUCCCCUAAAAACACAUCAAUAUCAGCGAUUCCAUCCAGUACUGUGUUAGAGGGCAAUCCAGUGACUCUGAACUGCAGUAGUGUGGCAAAUCCACCAAACAACUACACCUUGUACAGAGACAAUGGGGGACAGCUUCAACUGCUUCAGAUUGGAUAUAAUUUCUCCUACAGCGUAACUUAUCGCACACAGAGUGGACGGUACUACUGUGUAGCUCAAAACAAGUAUGGACAACAAAACUCAUCAGUUUUACUGGAUAUUCAGUACCCCCCUAACAGCACAUCAAUAUCAGUGACUCCAUCCAGUACUAUUUUAGAGGGCAAUCCAGUGACACUGAACUGCAGCAGUAAUGGAAAUCCAGUGGUCAACUACACCUGGUACAGAGCGAAUGGCGGAAGGCUUCAACAACUUACAAUACAGACCGGAUAUUAUCUCACCAUCAGUAGAAUUACUGCUGCACAAAGUGGCCUGUACUACUGUGUGGCUCAAAACAAAUAUGGACAACAAAAUUCAUCAUAUUUACUGGAUGUUCAAUUUGCCCCUAAAAGCACAUCAAUAUUAGCGAUUCCAUCCAGCAUCGUGUUAGAGGGCAAUCCAGUGACUCUGAACUGCAGCAGUAAUGGAAAUCCAACAGUGCUCAACUACACCUGGUACAGAGACAAUGGAGGACAGCUUCAACUGCUUCAGACUGGAUAUAAUCUCAUCAUCAGCCAAACUAAUCCUGCACAUAGAGGCCGGUACUACUGUGUAGCUCAAAACAAAUAUGGACAACAAAAUUCAUCAGUUUUACUGGAUGUUUUGUUUUCCCCUGAAAACACAUCAAUAUCAGCGAUUCCAUCCAGCACUGUGUUAGAGGGCAAUCCAGUGACUCUGAACUGCAGCAGUGAUGCAAAUCCAGCACUGAUAAACUACACCUGGUACAAAGAGAAUGGAGGACAGCUUCAACUGCUUCAGACUGGAUAUAAUCUCAUUAUCAGCGUAACUAAUCGCACACAAAGUGGGCAGUACUACUGUGUAGCUCAAAACAUCCAAGGACAACAAAACACAUCUAUUUUGCUGGAUAUUCAAUAUCCCCCUAGCAACACAUCAAUAUUAGCAAUUCCAUCCAGCACUGUGUUAGACGGAAAUCCAGUGACCCUGAUAUGCAGCACUGAUGCAAAUCCACCACUGGUUAACUACACCUGGUAUAUAGACAAUGAAGAAGACCUGGAUGUGCUGCAGACUGGAUAUAAUCUCACCUACAACGUAACUAAUGUUGCACAAACUGGGGAGUACUACUGUGUAGCCGAAAACAUAUAUGGUCAGGAAAAUUCAUCCGUUUUUCUGGAUAUUCAGUACCCCCCUAGAAAUACAUCGAUAUCAGCGAAUCCAUCCAGUACUUUGUUAGAGGGCAAUCCAGUGACUCUGAACUGUAACACUAAUGCAAAUCCACCAAUAGUUAACUACACCUGGUACAGAGACAAUGGAGGAAAGCUUCAACAACUUCAGACUGGAUUUAAUCUCAAUAUUAGCACAACUUAUCCUGCACACAGAGGGUGGUAUUACUGUGUAGCGCAAAACAUAUAUGGCCAACAAAACUCAUCGGUUUUUCUGGAUAUUCUGUUUUCUCCUAAAAACACAUCAAUAUCAGCGAUUCCAUCCAACAUUGUGUUAGAGGCCAGUCCAUUGUCUCUGAUCUGCAGCACCAAUGCAAAUCCAGCAGUGAUCACCUACACCUGGUACAAAGAUAAUGGAGGACAGCUUCAACAGCUUCAGACUGGAUAUAAUCUCACCAUCAGCGUAACUAAUCGCACACAAAGUGGACGAUACUUCUGUUUUGCUCAAAACAAGUAUGGGCAACAAAACUCAGCAGUUUUACUGGAUAUACAGUAUGCCUCUGAGAUUGCUCUCUCCGUCUGUGACACAACUACAGGAACUGUGUGUUAUUGUGAGGUUCGUGGGAAUCCCUUUCCCGAAGUGGACUGGUUUCUAACUGGACGUCCUGUCAGUAACUCUACAAACACAUUAAUUCGUGAGGUGCGACUAAGCAGCUCAGGCCUGAGGAGCUACAUCACUUUAUCUCAAUCACUAACAGCCACAGACACUCUGCAGUGUCUCGGCACCAAUGCUCGUGGCUCUGCCAGUACACAGUUUCAGCUUAUUUCAUCUCAGGGAUCUACUGCUCCUUCAUCUCAGGGAUCUGGUCUCAGUGGUACCUCUGUGACACUUGGACUUAUUAUUGGAGGUUUACUAAUGCUGAUCCUCUUGGCCAUUUUAUAUGUCUGUAAAGGUAAAGCAAAUUCAAAGACUGCAGAAGUUUCCUCAAUAUCAAGAGUAGAAGAUGUUACUGGAAUUAAUCUGAGGUAGGCUAUUCCAGACAUGGGAGCUGUUUAUGCUAAUACAGCUGUGAUGUCAUCUGCUGGAAACACGAAUUACCCAGAAUCCUCCCCAUAUUCUUCUUUUGACUUUACAAAGAACCAAAGACAGCACACAACUGAGACUUUUAAACCGCUGAAUGAGCAAACAGUAUAGAAAGAGAAAUAUAAUUUAACAUGUUACAGGGAAAGAAAUGCCCAAGAAAUGUUACUUGCUAACAAACUCAGGUAAAGUUUUUGACCUUUAUGGUCAUCAAAUCAAAUAUUGUCAACCAAAUUCCUAAGAAAACAGGUCACCUUCAUAUGUAGAUAUACACUAUAUCACAAUUUAAUUUCAGGUUAGUUGCUUAAAAAGUCUCAAUUUUAAUGUAUUUAAUAUUUUGUCAAACCAAUGCCAAAAUAAAGAAUUCCAAAACGAGGUAACUUCAUAACUAAAAAAUACAGCACAAUAAAAACAUGAUAAUAUAAUAAUAAAUAAGUUAUAUCGUUUUGGAACCAAACUCUUCAAAUUUAUUUGGACUUUUACUGAGCAUUAAAGUAAAUGUAAAAUUAAUUGGUUUUACACUCCGUCUUAUAUGUUUUAUCAGGAAAAAGUUUUGUUUAAAACAUUUAGGUAACAUGUAGGUUAACAGUGUAAAUUUCACAGAUGCUGUCAUUCUUGUUUUUUCUGAUGUGUGGUUGAUGUGAUUCAUAAUACUGGCCAUGUUAAAAUAAAAUAAACAUUAAAAUAAAAAUAUUCAUUAGGCAGAAAAGCAUUGUAGUGGUUUACACACCAUAACAAAUCUUUGAUACAACAACACAUUGUACCUUAUUUUGACUGAUUUUUAUCUUUGAUUCUUGUUUUUGUGAUUUAUUAUUAUUUGUUUAAAUUAUGAUGAGAGUAUGACAGUAAAAACAGCACUUUUUUACUUACAUGACUGCAUUGGGGAAACUGUGACUUCUCUCUUGUACAGGUAGAGGGCAGCAUUGUAACAGCACUGUUAUCUAGUCGUCAGGCGGUCAUUUAUGUGUUCAAAAUGUAUUUUUCGAUGUGACCUUUGGUUAGGAUUGUUUCAAUGUAAUGCUUUUAUAUUAGAAUAUCCUUAAAAUCAUAAUCAGCUGUAAUAACAUUUAACAGGAAACAGGUGGUGAGCAAGUCGAGUUAACUGCCGCUGUAGCAGUAGGCUACCUGGUGCCAGACAUUUAACAUAGAGAAAUGCCUUAUAACUUUAACACAAUCUACGAUCUUUCAAAUAAUAAAUGUAUUGACAGACAUUAAAACAAACAACUAACAUGAGAUUAUUGUCUUACCACUGCAGUUAGGGCUCCAGGGCUGGUCCUUGCAUCUUCCAUGAUUCUGAAUAAAGUUACUAAACAAAACAAUUUACUAGAGA